UAAUAACAAAAACGUGUAUUUCAAGAAAUGUUUUCAAAUUUCUUAGUAAUUAGUGUUUUAUAUUGUGGACAUAAAUAAUGCAACAACAUGGAAGUAGAAAAGCCUGUCAUGAAAGGAUACCUGUUAUUUCCUCCACAAGGAAUAGUGUUCAACCUUACGAAAAAGAAAAUAUGGACUCAGAAAUACUGCAUGCUAUUUAAAUCUAGUAGUCAUGGAAUUGAAAGAUUAGAAAUAUUUGAUUCUAUUGAAGAUGUUAAUAAUACUACACCAAGAAUCAUCACUUUGGAGAAUUGUGUAAAGAUAACAAAAACUGCGCCAUUAUACUUUGCCAUUAUUACUAAAACUAUAGUUCAUCAUAUAGGUGUUACAUUGGAAGAUUUGCUCUCACCUUGGGUAUCUGCCUUUCAGUCUGUUGCAUUUAAAGAGGACAUUUUAAAAAAUAUUUGCAUAGAGGAAGAUAAUGAGCUGUAUUGCACUUUAUUUGAAGAUGUUUUUACUGUAAAACUCAUCCCUUCUGAAGCAUCAGAGAGAUGUGGCUUUGAAUCUACUUUAUAUAUGCUGUACUUAACAGGAAACGCAAUUCAACUCUGUGAUAUUAAAAAUGGUGCAUUGAUAGCUACAUGGCCAUAUAUGUAUAUUCGUCGAUAUGGUUAUCGUGGUGGAAAGUUUACAUUUGAAGCUGGUAGGAAGUGUUUUACUGGUGAAGGUACUUUUCAUUUGGAGCAUUCAAAUCAACAAGAAAUAUUUCGCAGCCUGUCAACAAAAAUGAAAUCAAUGAAGAAGCUCAUGAGUCAGGAAUGCAUAGUUAGUUUAGAUUGUGCUGAUAGUCAAUUUCAUGCUGCUAUGAAUAUGGAAGCUAGAUCAAGAAGUCCCUUUCCACCAUCUAUUAAUUAUUCAACUGAUAUGGAAAGCCCUAGUAAUUUUAAAAUUAAGACCUUUUCAGAACCUGCUGAUGCUAAUUUAACUUCCCAUAAAAUGUUGUCAUCAGUUAAUACAGCAUCAGUGCAACCACAAAAGCCACCUCGUAAGUUUAUUUUUCCUAAUGUUACAGAUAAAUCUGAUAGAGAGGUAUUAUCAAGACAUAAUCCUAAAGAAGAUAAAGAGAGCACUGUUAAAAAUGUAGUUUCUCCUAUUGCUGAUAGCAAUAAAGGUUCUAAGUAUGACAAAAUAAUGUACAGGAAAAAUGCAUGGAAAACAUUAGGCUUAGAUGAAGUUAAUCACACUGAAACAUUUAAUUCAUCUCAACAGGAACUAUCGUUAUCUUUUAAAAAGAGAUCUAAAUCAUAUGAUAAUUUGAAUAUCAGCUCUGAAUUAUCUUCAAACAUUCUUACACAAUUGUCUGAUAAUAAGGAUUCAGAUAACAGUUAUGACAGAUUGCAGUAUUUUGGAUCAAAUAACAAACUUAAUAGAUCAUUUGGUUACAAAUCAAUAAAUAAUUUGAAAAUAAAGCCUCCGGAUUCAUUUGUUAAAGUGAAGGAUAAUGGUGAAUUACUAGAAAAUAUACAACCAGCAAGGUUAGCAGAUGAUAGUCACCAAGGUUAUGGAGUAAUUAGGAAAUCGCCUAAAGCUGCACCACAAGUGCCAGUGCCUCAAAAACCAAUUAUUCCCCAGAAACCUAUUCUUAAUGUAAGUGAUGUAAGUCAUAUUCAAUUUAAUGGCACACAAUAUGCAUUAGUAAGUAAGGCAAAACAAGUGUAACUAUUUCUAUAAAGUAUUUUUAUAUAUUUUAUAUUGCCAUAUAUCAUUUGUUUGCAAUGAAAUUGCAAAUAAUAUACCCUCAAAUCUAAAA